ACCGAACCACUUACCGCUAGCUAGCCUUGAUGUGAGACACGUUAUCACAACUACCUAUGCUGAUAGCUUUGAAAGGCUGUUUCAGCUUGGCCUUGACGUAUAGGUGAGCUCACAGGGCUCAAACCGGAGUGUUGCUAACCCUGGCCCUACCCCAUUGAACACCUAUCGUCUUCUCGCAUUAAAACUGUAUAAUCUCAAAACUUACUAAUUUUACAGGAGAGUGUUUUAAAGGUUUAACAUGUGAUAUUUUUAAUAUUAAUCAUCUUUGCAACAUUUAUUUUUUACGUUACAUUAUCUGUCUUUUAAAGUAAGAUAAAAUUAUGUAUUAAUUUUGUUAAUGGUCAAAACAUAGGUAAACUAAAAAAAAAAUGUGUGCGUGUACUAGUGUACACACGUAAGAAGUGAAACUUGUUUAUGGCCUUAUUUUUCGAAAAAUGAUCUACAUGCAACUUUCUAGAAAUUGGUUAAAUAAAGUUAAAUUAGAUAAAGUUUAAACAAAAGGAUUUUAUUAUCAUAGACAUGAAUACAAAAAAGUUAAAUUAGAUAAAGUUUAAACAAAAGGAUUUUAUUAUCAUAGACAUGAAUACAAAAAAGAUGGCGCGUAACGGAAAAAUGUGACGCGUAACCGAAAAAUGUGACGGUAAAUUUUUUUCCAACGCCGAUAAGGAAGUUUCACUUCAAAAAGAUGUGUGGUGUCGCGGGACACCGGAGAAGUUCCUUAGUAUAAAAAUAUUAAUUUUAAGUUCUAUUCGAGGUAUAAGGAAAAUAAAACUGGAGGUUUCGCAACAACCCACGGUCAUUCGGUAACGUGCGAACUUAUUGUGGUACACUUCAUUCACGACUGUUUGCUUAAGAGUUAGUGUAUUGCGCAAACGAACGCUCUGAGAUCGUGGUCAAUAAACAAAUAUGUUUUUGAAGUGAAACUUCUUUAUCGGCGUUGGAAAAAAAUUUACCGUCACAUUUUUCGGUUACGCGUCACAUUUUUCCGUUACGCGCCAUCUUUUUCUUGCCCCUACCACGGUUGGUUCAGACGAAGAGUACUUUCACUUUCCAGUGGAUUUUUAACAAAAGUAAGUAAUUAUAUCUCUUUUUCUAAUACUUGGGUGGGAUUGUGGUAUUUUUUUUUUUAAAUUUAAGAUAUUUAAGGUUAACCUCAGUUUCUGAUUGUAACUAUCGGUCAAUGUAUAUGAUUUCAUUAAAAUAGUAUUGAAGUGAAACUUCUUUAUCGGCGUUGGAAAAAAAUUUACCGUCACAUUUUUCGGUUACGCGUCACAUUUUUCCGUUACGCGCCAUCUUUUUCUUGCCCCUACCACGGUUGGUUCAGACGAAGAGUACUUUCACUUUCCAGUGGAUUUUUAACAAAAGUAAGUAAUUAUAUCUCUUUUUCUAAUACUUGGGUGGGAUUGUGGUAUUUAUUUUUUAAAAUUUAAGAUAUUUAAGGUUAACCUCAGUUUCUGAUUAUUCAAUGAUGGAAGAAUCCACAAAUCCUGAGGAAUCUUCGAAUGCAAUUACUAUACAAGUUGAUGUCCAUCAUCGGCAUUAUUCACAACUCAGUGCAUCAAUCGCUACCACAAGCCAUGACUGUGUGAAUGAACCUGAAACAACGAGUGAUCUUCCUUCAAUCCACCGUGAUUAUCCAAAAACAGCUGCACAGCGAAUGGCAGAGUAUAGAGCUCGGAAAAAAAAGGAAACUCCAAUAGUGAAUCAUCGAAAACAUAAAAAAUCAGACGCAGAGCGUGCAAAAGAGUAUAGAGCCCGAAAAAAAGCGAAGAUCCAAUCAGCAGAUUCAAUAAUGGAAGAAUCCACAAAUCCUGAGGAAUCUUCGAAUGCAAUUACUAUACAAGUUGAUGUCCAUCAUCAUCAUCAUUGCUCACAACUCAGUGCAUCAAUCGCUACCACAAGCCAUGACUGUGUGAAUGAACCUGAAACAACGAGUGAUCUUCCUUCAAUCCACCGUGAUUAUCCAAAAACAGCUGCACAGCGAAUGGCAGAGUAUAGAGCUCGGAAAAAAAAGGAAACUCCAAUAGUGAAUCAUCGAAAACAUAAAAAAUCAGACGCAGAGCGUGCAAAAGAGUAUAGAGCCCGAAACAAGGCUCAAAUCCAAGAACACACAAGCCAAAGUCAGAACUUUGUUGAGUCAACAUCAAUUCAACAAUCAGAACAUGAAACUAAUCAUCUGGCUUACACGGAUUUUCAUCGUCAUCAUCUGGCUCAUGAUGAAUUUCAAAAGAAAUUUGUUCGAAAUUCAUUUGGUUAUGUGUGCUCAGUUUGUGAAAGACUGUGGUUUAAAGAUGACUUACGAUCUGCAUCCCUUCAACAUAAUGCAAUCUUGAAAACAAUAGUUCCUCAUCUUGAUAUAAAGGACGUUGCUCUCUGUAAUACCUGUGUAGCAUCUUUAAAUAAUAAUAGUAUUCCUGUGAUGGCUUCUUAUAAUGGAUUCAAAUUUCCGAAGAAGCCCGAUUAUUUACCGCCAUUAGACUUAGUAUCUGAACGAUUGAUUUCUCCGCGAAUCCCAUUCAUGCAGAUUAGGAGAUUAAGACACGUUAACGGUCAGUAUGGUAUUUAUGGACAAAUAAUCAAUGUUCCAGUGUCUAUUGAUUCAAUGGUUCGUACUCUCCCCAGAAGUUUAUCUGAUGAUCACUGUAUCAAUGUGCACAUUAAACGCAAGAAAAUCCAUAAAUCGAGUUAUUUGCAUGGUAUAAUAAACAAAGGUACAAUAAAGAUUUGGCUUCAAUUUUUAUUAAAGUCGCCAUUAUAUACUAUGUAUGAUAUCAAAAUUGAUGAAUCCUUUUUCGAAAACAAUGACAUUGAUACUAUACCUCAAGAUGAAAUAAGCGAACACGUACCAAUCGAAGAAAGUCUGGUAUCUCAGCAGCAAACAUUGAUGUGGAAUGAAGAAAAAUAUUUAAGAUUAGCCCCAGGAGAAAAAAAUCUUCCACAUAGUUUACUUUUUGAUGAACACGCGGAGGAAUUGUCUUUUCCUGCAAUUUAUUUGGGCCAAUUUCGUACGUUUCGUGAUGGAGUACGAGUAACUCCAUAUACAAUGGCUACAAGUGAACUUAGACGCUCGGACCGUCGUGCUGUUACUCCACAUCAUGUAUUAUACGUGGCAAUGAAAAUAAUGAGACUUCGAGUUCGUGAUUCAUUAACAGUUGCCUUCAAACAUAUAGGAAAAGACACAAAAAUCACACGUGAACAAAUUGAAAAUGAAGAUUAUGUCAACAAUUGCAUUGAAACUAAUUUUGCAUUUCUGAAAUCAAUUCCCAAUUCAUUAUGGUACUGGGCUGAUAAAAAGAAAAAUUUAUUUGCAAUGAUUAGACAGCUAGGUAAACCAACAAUAUUUCUCACUAUUAGUGCAAAUGAAAUUGGAUGGACUGAUUUACUUCAAUUAUUAUAUAAGUUGAAAAAUAAUGGAGCCGAAUUAUCAAAAAAAGAUGCUGAAGAAUUACACUAUCUUGAAAAAGUUACUCUGAUUAAUGAAGAUUCUGUAACGUGCGCAAUCUAUUUUAAUAAACUGGUAAACGUACUCUUGAAUAUAUUACAGUCUCCUAAGAAGAGUCCGUUUGGAAAAUAUUAUGUGAUGCAUUAUUUCAAAAGAAUUGAAUUUCAGCACCGAGGUAGUCCACAUGCCCAUACAUUACUGUGGCUUGCAAAUGCACCGAAUGAUGCUUUAGGCGAGAAUAAAAUGGAUGCAAUUUCACUGAUUAAUCAUCUUAUCUCGAUUUCAUCGAAAGAAGCAUCAGAGCAUAUAAAAUUACAAACACACAAGCACUCAUUCACCUGUUACAAAAGAAUAUCGGCUCAUAGACCUCAACAAUGUCGUUUUGAAGCUCCAUUCUUGCCUUCUCGUUCUACAGAAAUUUUAUUACCUAUCCAACAGGAUGAAAUUGGUUUUAAUCGUUAUUUGCAAUCUUACAGAAAUAUUCGAAUUAAUCUCGAAAAUAAUGAUUAUGAGGAUUUUGAUAGUUUUUAUCAGCAAAAUAAUAUUUCAUCAGAUGAUGAAUAUCGCAAUAUACUUCGAGCGGGAAUCAAGAGACCAAGAGUUUUUAUAAAACGCGAACCCAGUGAGAAAUGGCAUAAUCCAUUUAAUCCGUUUAUUCUGAAUCUGGUAAAAUCGAAUAUGGACAUCCAGUUCAUAACAGAGGAAUAUUCGUGUGCCCAGUAUGUAGCUGAGUAUGUCAAUAAAACAAAUCGCGGAAUAAGUAAUUUACAACGUGAAAUCAUCAAAUGUAUAGAUGAACACCCGGAGUUCGAUGUUGUGGAAAUCACAAGAAAAUUGGGAGUUGAGAUGCUGAACAGUGUUGAAAUACCAAAUCAAGAAGCUGCCUGGUAUCUUUUAAGAGAGCCGAUGUCGAAAAGCUCUUCUGUUAUAGUUUAUAUUCCAGCGAUGUGGCCGGAGGAGCGGCAAAAACUCAAGAAAACCACUAAAGAGUAGAUGAAAUGGGAAUUGAUGAUGAUUCAACUGACAUUUGGAAAGAGAACUGGUUCACCAAGUAUCAAAAAAGGCCUGAAGAAUUAAGUGAUGUCACGCUUGCUCAAUUUGUUGCUUAUUAUAAUGUUCACGGCGAUGGAAAAGUUACAAAACGGCAAAAGCCUCGAAUAAUUCGUUAUCGCAGUUAUAACAUGUCUCAAAAUUUGUCAGAUUAUAAACGGGAAAUGGUAACUUUACAUAUUCCGUUUAGGAGUGAAGAUGAAGAAAUUUUAGCUGAAAUGAAGUUUAUUGAAAUUUAUACUACUAAUGAAAAUUUGAUUUUACAACGCAGACAAGAAUUUGAAUCGAGCUUAGAUAUUCUCAAAACUAUAGAGAUUUGUCGUGAUUUGUGUCGUGAGGACGGAAUUGAUGAUGAUAAUGAACCGGAAGAAAAUAUUAUUGCUGAGCAAAAUCCAUUUCAGCAUUUGUAUGAUAAUCCAGAUGCCAUCGUUAAUGAUGAUAUUCGUUCAGCGACGUUACAUAAAUUGGGAAUUAUUGCAAAAAGAAGGGAAAAUUUAAUGGCCAACGAGGAUUUUUAUAAUUUGAUGAGAAUGGCUAAUGAAAAACAAAAAAGAUUAUUACUUCAUGUUAUUUAUCAUCUUUUAUCAUCAGAUAAUGUUCCAUUUCAAAUAUUUUUUACAGGCCCCGCUGGAUGCGGUAAAACAUUCGUAAUUAAACUUUUGAUGGAAAUUUAUAAUCGUUACACUGACAAUGACGGAUACUGUAAUGCAUAUAUAACUUGUGCUUCAACGGGUAAAGCUGCAGUGGCGAUCGCAGGAACAACUGUUCAUACAGCUUUGAAAAUAUCAUUAUCAAGGUUGCUUCCUUUAAGUAACGAAACUGCCCAGCAAUAUAGAACAUUGUUUAAAUAUGUUAAAGUUAUUAUUAUUGAUGAGAUAAGCAUGAUCAGCGCUCAAUUAUUGAUAAAAAUUGAUUCGAGAUUAAAACAAAUCACUGGUAACUUUCAAUCGAACUUCGGAGGAUUAGAUAUUAUUUUUAUCGGAGACUUACGUCAAUUACCUCCAGUUCGCGCUACUCCUAUCUACAAGCAACCUAAACAGACUAUUGUUGGACCAAUAUUAUGGCGAAAUCUUAAAUUUUAUGAACUAGAUCAAGUUAUGCGUCAAGCCAAUCAACAAUUUUCGUCAAUACUUACAAAAAUCGGAAAUGGUGAACGUCUCGAUGAAAUUGAAAUAUCUGUCAUUGAAUCUCGUUUUUAUUCUGUAGAAGAAGCUGUAACUAAGUGUCCUCAAGGUAUUCGAUUAUUUAAUACAAAUCACGCAGUCACUAAGUAUAAUAAUCAAAUAUUGAACUCUUAUUCAGAAAAAAUAAUUUCUACUGCAAAAGAUGUUUAUAGUGGAUGAACUUCCAAGGAACAAGAGACUUCUGUGCAUCAAAAACUACAUAAAAUGUCCUUAAUUGAUACAAAUGGAUUGCCUUACCUAACAACAUUUGUAAUAAAUAUUUAUUACAUGAUUACUACAAACAUUGAUGUAUCUGACGGAUUAGCAAAUGGUGCUGUUGGGAAGUUAGUUCAUGCAGAAACCGAUAUCGAUGGAGUAGUUAAAAUAGCAGCAUGGCUUGAAUUUCCAGCAUUACCUCGAAUUGGUGAAAAAUUGAGACGUAAAGCAGCGGGUCACGCAGCAGAAAAUAAUAUCAGUCGAAUGGCUGUACCAAUUGUACAAAGAUCUUCUACAAUUCCGCUCAAUAAUAACAAAACUAUACUUGUUAAACGUACUCAUAUUCCGUUGGUUUGUGCUUGUGCUACUACCAUUCAUAAAUCACAAGGCAGCACAUUUCCGGAAAUUGUUUAUGAAUAUGAGAAACAUCACAGCCAAUCGUUGUUAUAUGUUGCUUUAUCCCGUGUUACGAGUAUUGAAGGAUUGUAUAUAACGACUCCAAAUAAUGACAAAACAUUUUAUCAUGGUCGAAGAACGUCAACGUCCACCAUCGAUUUACAAGCGGAAUUUAAACGAUUGUCUCUGAAUAAAGUAGAAACUAUAAAUGAACAUUUGAUUAAGUUCAUGAACAAAAGAAGAGGUUUGUCACUUUUUAUUUUCAAUUGUCAAAGUCUUAGAGCUCAUAUAGAUGACCUGGAUGAUUCAAUUGUGAAAAAUUCAAAUGUUUUAGUUCUAUCUGAAACAUGGCUGAACAAUGACAGUCAAGUAAAUAUCACUAAUUUCAAAUGCAUUGCAAAAUUUAAACGGCUGAGCACGAGAGCAGGAGGUGUAGGAAUAUAUCAUAAUUCUAAUGAUGUUGUUAAUGUUGUGACUUCAUCGAUAGAUUUUUCUGUUUUUUCUCCUGACUUUCAUGGGUCACUAGCAUCAGCAGUUGGUGAUUUAUGUAUGGCUCAAUGCCAAAUGGAAAAUGGGAUGAAAAUUUUGAUUGUUGCACUGUAUAUAUCUCCUAAUCAGAAGUUGGACGAUAUUAUUAAUUUUCUUCACCAUUCAUUGUUGCCGUACACAAGUGAAGGUGCCUCUUUACUCGGUAACAAUAAUUAUAAAAUACCGAUGAUUUUAAGUGGAGAUUUUAAUGUAAAUUUUGCAUCGGAAAAUUCUUUGAAGCUAGUUGAAUUUCUGAAAGAUAAAUUGAAUUUAUCCAUGAAAAACAGUCCUCAAACGUCAACAACAAGAUCUGGCACUACAAUUGAUGGAGUUUUUACUCGGUCACUAAAUUUCGUGGAAUGUAAACCAUAUAUUUCAUAUUUCAGUUACCAUAAGCCAUUAAUUACAAAAAUAUAUAAUGACAAUGACAAUGAUAGUAAUAAUUCUAUUACAAUUAAUGAAAUGCUGUAAUAAUCUUAGUAGCAAAAAGGUAAAGUGAAAUAAUUGUAUUAUUUGUAUUCAUGUCUAUGAUAAUAAAAUCCUUUUGUUUAAACU